AGUGAAACUUGUGAUGCCUCACUCGUGGGUUCACGUCUAGCUCAAACACCUCACAGGCACGUUACCUUCCAAUUCAAUUAUCCGCCUUCGUUCGGCCGUGCUAGUUAUAUUUGGAUGAAUCGCACAUUAUUCAGACUUCUGGGUGUUUCAUUUUGCUAAGGUUAUUGUCGUUUUCAGCAAGAGGCGAAAGCCGAUUGCAUUACUUAGCGCCACUAUCACAAGUUGUCAAUUUGCGGUGCUUCAGCGUUGGGGUUGACAUGGUUCCAAGUCUCUUAUUUUUACACAUGUCUGCAUUCUCGCACCUCGGCCGGAGAUUUUGCGGUUUCGAUCUACGUCCCGUCUCUGCGGUACGACAACGGAGUCACCAAUCAUUUGCUCCAGAGAUUGGUAUAUAAGAGCUCUCGAGGCCCCAUCCUCUCUGCCCCCUGACUAGUAGGCUUUCCGUCAUGGCUCUAUUCAACUCGCUUCCAGUCCUCUCUUUCCGCGAUUCCGCGAUGAUACCCUUCGCUGCUGGGCUGCUCGUUUACUUUGUCUACAAGAAGUUCGAGAUCCAUCCCUCAAGUCCUUAUAGCACAAUUUUCCUGCUAUUCGAUGUACCGUUAGCAUCUUCACUGUUCCUGUUUCAAUACUAUUCGGCAGGAUUUGCGGUACUUGCCGGCUUCUCUGUCUUCUACUCCACCCUUCUUUCGAGCAUUGUCCUGUAUCGGAUCUCCCCAUGGCACCCCCUGGCUCGAUAUCCUGGCCCCUUUACCGCGAAGAUUUCACAAUUCUGGCUAGCUUAUGAGACCGCAACCGGAAGAUGGCACGAGACACUGAAGGAUUUGCACGCAAAACACGGACCAUAUGUCCGCAUCGGUCCUAAUCAGCUCUCUUUCAUCGACGCCUCUCUUAUUCCGAAAAUUAUGGGUCCUGACGGUAUGCCUAAGGGUCCGAUGUUCGACGGUGCUCGGAUGCCUGGCGUUCCUGCGAAUAUCGUUGCUACUCGCGACCUUGCUGAUCAUGCACAGUUAAGGAAGCCGUGGUCAAAGGGAUUCAGCUCCGCAGCAGUAAAGGAAUAUACGCCAACGAUUGAACGUAGAGCAUUGCAACUUGCUGAAGAGCUUGAAAAAUUCACUAUUAAGAAGGGGAACGAUGCUCGGAGUCCGAGGAGCGUCGAUCUUGCCAUGUGGUUGAGCCGAUUUGCUUUUGAUUUCAUGGGUGAUAUGGCAUUCGGCGGGGCGUUCGAGCUCAUGAAAGACGGGGAUACCAGCGGUAUUUGGGGAAUGAUCGGGAAACAAAUGCUAGCCCAAGCGACACUACAUCGACUUCCGUGGUCCGUUCAUAUUGUACACAGCCUUCCCUACGUUGUUGCAGCAAUGGUGACAUUUACAACCUUCGUUAACAACUGUAUAUUUGAGCGAGUGCAACGUGGUGCUCGCAACAAGGAUCUAUUCUACCACCUUGCAAAUGAGGACAUCGAAGGCUCAUGCCAAUCGGCCCAUGACAAAACCUUAUUGAGCGAGAACUGCAAGGUCGCUAUCAUUGCCGGGUCGGACACAACUGCGACAACGAUCAGUCAUAUAUUCUAUUACUUGCUGAGUAACCCGUCCGUACUUGGGAGGCUGAGGAAGGAGCUCGAUGGGGCGUUCCCGCUCGGUGAAGGUGACCCUUUUGAUUUCACAAGACUCGCUGAAUUGCCCGUCUUGAAUGCUGUGAUCAACGAGACCCUGCGACUUCAGCCACCUGUUCCUACUGAUUUGCAACGGGCGCCUGCUGCGGGGUCCAGAUACAAGCAAAUCGGCGAGCAUAUUAUUCCUGAAGGAACGGCCGUCAACGUCCCACCGUACGUCCUCCACCGGCAAGCCCGAUACUUCUCCCCAAUACCGGAAACGUUCUGGAUUGACCGCUGGCUCCAACCGUCACCAACUACGGAAUCCGAUUCGAAAUCCAAAAUGCACUUCGUUCACGACACCUCGGCAUACAUGCCCUUCUCUUAUGGACCCGCGAACUGCGCUGGGAAGAUGCUCGCGCUAGCCGAAAUCCGCAGCGUCACUGCUCUGCUUUUGCAGCGAUUUGAAAUUUCGUUUGCGCAUGGCUAUGACAAGGAUCAAUGGGAGAAGGACAUGAAGAAUCACUUCGUGUUCCGACUCGGGGAGUUGCCUGUAGUUCUCACCUCAAGAAAUCAAAUUUGA